CUCACUAUCCCGAUAGAGAAUCCAUUGUAAAAAAAAAUCACAAUACCAAUAGGUAGUGUGUUGUUGACAUGCGACUUUUUCUGAAAACAUAUUUUUAGAUUAUUCAAUGUAUUCUUAUCAAUAUUAGAAUUGUGUUAGUUUAUUUUUUAAAAAGGUGAACCUUAGUGAUAAUGGAAUGUCAAGUGUUGAAACGUGACAAUUGCUGGAUCAACGAAGUCAAAAAGGUUCUGAAACCGGUGGACUAUGUUCCGAAUCGGUACGGCGAUCGCUUCAUUCCGCGCCGAUAUGCCCAAACCAGUUCGAGCCGUUUCAAGGCGGAAUGCAAAGCCGACAGAGGAACCGACGUGAUGCGUAUGAAGGAGCGGAAGGGCUACUGGAAGUCCCACUCGUUCGCUACGAUUUUCAACCAAAUGUUCGACCUGAGUCCGCGGACGGAUAAGAUUCUCAACUUUCGUGACGCAACCAAUCAGGAAAUAUGCAAACGGUUGGAGAUUAGAGAGCCACUGUUGCUGCAGCAGGAACCGAUGUACAAAAACGAACACAAACUGGACUGGGGAUGUCGGCCGCGGUCCAAGCCGCUCGCUUUCAUCGAGUCGGUGCACGAUCUGCCCAGGAUCAAGGUGGAGUACACGAACAUUAUCGACUGGUCGGCCAAAGGGCAGAUUGCGGCUAUCUUCAGCAAGAAGCUGGUGAUCUGGACCCCGAACACCGAAGUGACGUGCGCCUACUGUGCCCUAUAUACGACGGGGAUUGCGUUCAACCCGGCGGGAGAUGCGUUGGCGAUGGCCACGUUUACCAUGUCGAGGCCGGUUCUCCGCCUGUUAAAUUGCCUUCGACCGAACGUCAAGGCCAACGUUUCGCAGAUGAAGAUUUUCCCCCAUCUUGAUACAGAUAUCAGCUGUUUGGCCUGGCAUUCCAGUGGUCGAUACAUUGCAUGCGGUCUCGGCAAUGGACAGAUUAUGAUAGUUCGCUCUCGCGAUUUUGAAAUCAUGCCGGGCGUAUCUGGGCCGGUACACUAUUACAGGAUUGUCAUGGUCAAGUUCUCUGCGACGUCCAAAUAUCUGGCCUCGACGGAUGAGUCCGGCCGGUUGUACAUCUGGAGCUGGAAUGGCAACGGAGAGUUGCGUCCACUGACGGCCUGGGUUAGCAGUGAAGGAGUGGCCUCGGUCUUCGAUUGGCAUCCGUGGCGCGAGGAGGAGAUCAUUAUCGCUGAUACGGAGCCCGUCACGAUCGCAGUGUAUCACGUGGCCAGCAAGCAGGUGCUCUCGUUUCAUCGCCGUCGCAACGUAGACUGUCUUAUCACGGCGCUGGCAUUCAAUAAGAUUUCCGGCGAGCUGGUUGUUUCCUACGCCUAUCCUCCGCAAACGGGUAAAUCACCCGAUAUGUUGGUGCUCGCUUCGAUGGAUCGCGUCGUGGAUGCCAUGGAGAAUCACGAUGACCACGUUGCGCACCUUUUCUGGAGCCCCGACGGCAAACAGCUAGCAAGUGCCGGCUGCGACGAAAUGUUAACCAUUUGGAAUUUCUUCGGCACCUCUCCGAAUGGUUUGCAGAAGGGUUUGUCCUCCAGCCAACCAAAGUCUCAAAAACGUAACAAGGAACUGAUGGGCGGGUUCGAUUAUAGCUUCCUCUUCAAACCGAUGCGCUAAACCGUAACAAACUCUACACGGUGUUUGCGAAAAUAAAAGAAACACACCGUGGCCUACAUCUGCAACGCCAAACGGUCAUGUCGUAGUCGUCGUCUUAAGCCAAAAUGUGCAAUUCGACCGCCAAGAAGUAUCUAGUAGCAAGGUGCUCCCGCGGGGGCCUCCUGGUUGUUUGUUUUUCCUAUGAGAUAUGACAUGCUACAAGGAGCAACCCGCCCAGAAGCACCUCCAGCGAGACACGAGUUUCCACCACGGGGCGGGGAAAGACCUCCACACACCUCCGCGAACAACAGAAAUCACCAUCUCUCCUUCUCCAUCUUGAACAACCGUCACUACUUUAGCUAUCAUUAGUGCACGACAGUCGAGGGCCAGACGCUGGACGUACAUGUUGCUGUCUUCGCCGAACCUCUCCACCAGAUAUACAGAUCCUCAGCCGCAAAGUCGACAUCGAUAUUUUUAUGCACAAGCAAAUGGUCCCCCGAUUUAAAGACAGAAAGCACAGGAGAGGGUAAUUAAAUUAAAUAUAUAAAUUCUAAUUGAAAGCCACCCACGCGAGAAAGUGGCCGAAGUGUAUGGCACCUCGCCGUUCGGAGCUCGCGGGGACACGCAAAUUUACAUACAAAUGAUAUAGGGGCUGCCAGAUUUACAUAAAUGCAUAUGAUUUUUACCUCUUUUACAACAAA